CUGUUGCUGCUUAUGACGUCAGCGGCCUGUUCUGACAGCGGACUCCACUGCGGCAGCCGAAGACCCGGAGGAGGAAACCUGCCUCCGAAAGAAGGGCCUGUCAAAGAUGGGAAAGGUGUACGUCCUGGUGAUGGUUGAUCCUGAUGCUCCAAGUCGUACUAAACCAACAUCUACUCACUGGAGGCACUGGUUGGUUGCGAAUAUAGAGGGAAGGGAACUGAAAAAAGGCAAAAUAAAAGGGAAAAUUCUCACUGAGUAUCAGCCCCCCACCCCACCACAGAAGUCUGGUUUCCACCGCUACCAGUUCAUGUUGUUUGAGCAGCUUCCACAGACCCCAGUGUCGCUCUCUGAUGAGGAGAAGUCUUCCCGCGGUAAAUGGGAUUUUCCGGCAUUCAUCACAAGGUUUAAUCUGGGGGAGCCUGUGGCCGCUCUGCAGUUUCUCACUCAAAACUUCAAAGACUGAAGGAUAGUGAGAUUCUUCAAAUGGAUAGAAAAAAAAGACACAAAAAUCUAUGUGUAAUAAUUGAAAAUAAAAGAUUGUUCUACUUUUAUUGUUUUCCCUUUUUGUUCUCUGCAAUAAACAGCAAAAAUCUUCAAAGCCUGCACAAA